UACCAAGUUUUCGACACUCACCAGUUACAAGUAUCUAUUUCCAUUCUUAUUAGUUAGCUAGCUAGUCCUUUAAGAAGAAAAUGGCCGCAGCCAAAUCUGGUAUUGGCAGUGGACAGAAAGACGAACCUAUUAUUCCUAUGGCGUCAACCGUCAAUCCGAACGACGAUGUGGUGAUUCAGAAGGCAAAAUUUGCAGUUGAUAGUUACAAUGGGCAGGCGGGGACCGGUCUGAAAUUCAACAGUGUGGAAUUCGGCUUCUGCUGGAGCGUUUCUGAUGUCACUGACUACCUGCUUGCCAUUAAUACUCAUGAUGAUAAGGGCCCAUAUUGCGACCCAGCAUUGGUUUCUGAUACACUGAAGAGCAAUGCUCACACUUAUGAGCUCAUCUGGUACAAUCAUAAGAAAAAGUAAUCAAGCACUACUCUUGAUCAGCUGAGUGGGGAUCGACGACUUUAAGUACUUUAAUUAUCUAGUGUUUAUGGUGUGGUUUUCAGUUUAUGCAUGGAUGAUGUACUGCUGGCAUGCAAACAUCCUCCCACUGUUGUACUAGUAUGCAAUGUAAGGUGCACUUCUACCAACAAAAAUGCACCGUUAAAUAAAAAAAUCCGUCUGUGUUUGAGUUUGUGUCCUUGUACUAAUAUGUCAAAGGUGCACUUGUACAAACAAAAAUGCACCAUUGAAUAAAUAAAAACAGCUGUACGAGUUUGAGUUUGUA